CAGGCGGAGACAUAAUGAUGAUGAUGAGAACAUUUGUAGAGGGUAAAAAGCUGGUUCCGCAGAAUGAGGUCACUCCGAUUCCAGCGAGCAAUCACUGAGGAAACUGGUCUGGGAAAGGGAUAGAGAGCGGAGCCACCAAACCACUCAACUCCACUCCACCCGAAUUAUGAUCACUCUCGCGGCAAUGGAAUAGCCUAAACAACAAACGAACAGUGGGAAAACUAAAGGAAUCUUCUAUUCGACGCCUGUGAGAAUUUCUAUUCGAAUAGGCUACUUUGCUAUUUUGCUUUAACGAUGAAAGAUGACUUUCGUUCCUCGUUCCAAGCCUUCAACGUGACGCAAAGUUUGGACUAGUCCAGGUAGACAUCCAUUACGACAGCGAAUUUAAGGCGAUAUAUUUUAGUAUUGCAUUAGCCUACCUAAGCGUUAAUGUUUAUCCAUGCAUAUGCCUACUUCAUAAACAGGCGUUGCAUUUCGAUUUCUUGAUAAAUUAUUAUCCAAACCCACCUGUCUGAAUAUAACACAGAAUGAUAAUGUUUUCCCACGAGUUCUUCGUCUCCUUUCUCGCGGUGACCAGUCUGUUUGGGAUACCCAGAGCGUCGGCGGCGGCAUGCGAACCCGUUCGGAUCCCGCUUUGCAAGAGCAUGCCCUGGAACAUGACGAAAAUGCCCAACCACCUACACCACAGCACACAAGCGAACGCAGUCCUAGCCAUUGAGCAGUUUGAAGGACUCCUCGGGACUCAGUGCAGUCCAGAUUUACUGUUCUUCCUGUGUGCCAUGUACGCUCCAAUAUGCACUAUUGACUUCCAACACGACCCCAUCAAGCCCUGCAAGUCGGUGUGUGAGCGAGCAAAGUGCGGCUGUGAACCGGUUAUGAAACGGUACAAUCACACCUGGCCAGAAAGCUUGGCCUGCGAGGAUCUGCCCGUCUACGACCGAGGAGUCUGUAUUUCACCUGAGGCCAUUGUCAAAGCGGAAGGACCAGACCCCUACCACCAAGACCCCUCAAAAUGCUCACCUGAAUCAACUCCUGACUUUCCAAGUGAUUCUCACAAUGUCCACUGUAAAGGAGCCAACAAUGAUCGAUGCAAGUGCAAGGCCGUCAAACUUACUCUCAAGACCUACCAAAGGAAUAAUUACAACUACGUGAUUCGUGCCAGGGUGAAGGAGAUCAGGAGCAGGAACCAUGACCUGAGUGCCAUUGUGGAAGUGAAAGACGUCCUGAAGUCUUCGUUAGUUAACGUCCCACGUGAUAUAGUCACUCUGUAUUAUAACUCUGGCUGUCUAUGUCCUCCUCUCACUGCCAACGAAGAGUACAUUAUCAUGGGUUAUGAGAAUGAGGAGAGAUCUCGGCUCUUGCUCAUUGAAGGCUCCGUUGCCCAGACGUGGAAGGACCGUAUGGGUAAGAAGGUGAAGCGUUGGGAUCAGGUACUGAGGGAAAAGAGUCGUGGAAACUCGGGGAAAAGGAACCGCCACUGAUCAACCAAGACGUGUCCCUGUGAAAUGUAAUGUCAUAUGGAACAGUUCGAGGAGACAGAAAGAUAUAAAAAAGGUGGCUGCAGAAAGAAAACUGAGAAAUUGCACUAUUGCACGUUUAUUUUUUUUUAACCAUUGUCACGUUUUGAAUAACGAGUUGUAGCUGAAUGUAGAUUUUGUAGUUGUUGCUUUGUUUUUAAUGCGUUUCGUUUAUAACUAUUAUUAAUAUUUUUUUAUUUUAGAAGUUGUCAUCUUUUUGGCAUGAACACAAUGUUCAUUUAAAUGCGCAGAACAUUUGUAUACAGUUGAAGGGGACUCUGCUGGAAGAGCAACAAUCCCAAAUGGCAUCCUGUUAUCUAUUUGGGAUACUUCAGUGUCUAAGAACAGUGUAAUGUCAGAAGCACUCUAAAUAGAAAGGAUUUAUAUUUGUCUAGCAGCUAGAUGCAUUUCCAUUACGUGGAUGUCUCUAUGUUACCAAAGUGCUGUAAUAUGAUGGGUUGCUCUGUUAAGCUUUAUAUCUUUCGAAGGAAACACAAACGAGUUGUAAUCUGGCUACAGCUGCAAUUAAUUUCCCCCUAAAAGAGGAUUCAACACAUUUCAGAGGAGUAAAGUGAACAAGGGAUUUGGGAGGAGAUGAGAGAGGGAAGGGGGAAAUAUUUGGGCAGUAUCUAAAGAAUGAUCUUAAGAGGACAGAGUAUAUAAUUUCACUGAUGACAACACAACACAGAACAACAUUGAGCUAUUGACAUAUUUACUGCAUUCCAGGGAAUAUCUUUCCCGGUUUACUUCUCUCUUAGUUCUUUCUCAAACAAAAACUUUCAAUUACUUUGUUUAUUUUUGUCGUCCUUAAGAGCUCAGAUGUAGCAUGUUGAUUUACAAAGUGUCUUUCAUACAGCCAUUUUUGGUGCUUUGGGUUUUCUAAACCAAACUGCAGAUCUGUACUUCUCAUACAUAUGAGUCUGGUUUGUUUUUUACAGAACAUUUCCAACUGACAUGCAUCAAUCUUUGAAAUGCCAACCACCACUCAAUUGUGAUUGUAAAUCUGAUUUCAGUGCUUUAUUAAACAUUGUCUGGCGGGUGUCACGACCAACUCAU